UACAUAAACACGAUGCCCCUUCUAGAUGAGAACAGGUCUGUGUAAUUUUUUUUGAACCUGCCCUCGACACAUUUCUUAAGAGCGCAAUUUCUGGUUUCACUUUUCAGCGGCCGAAAGCAUCUGCAUUCAUUUGACAUCCUCAAAACAUACACACGUGCGGCCCACAUGCACGCACGCACGCAUGCGCGCGCACACACAUAGACACACGCGCGCACCCAGAGUCGUGCCAGAUGUUUCCAUUUCUGCACAGUUUACAAAACCCCAGUAAACAGAAAUGACACCAGCUAACUCCUGAAACGGGUCCUUCAUUCAGAGCUGCUGGUGUAAAGUUCACACAGAUAGUCAGCGCUCUUAUCGCCGGGAUUUGUCGCCUUGCACUUUCUGUUGUUUUUUUCCACAUCCACGGGAUCAGCCAUUAACGCCGGGGUGUAUCUCGUUCAGCAGGAUAUAAAUAUGAAUCACUCCCUGCCUUCUCUGUUUUUUUCCUUUGGCCCUCACAUUCUCUAAACCAUGGGUAAAGGAUUCUUCAUCAGCAAAGCGGUGGCAGUGGUGGGACUCAUCGCGGCCAUCGGAGCCGUGGCCGUUAUCAUCGCCCUGUCUGUGGUUUACUCUCAGGAGAAGUUGAAAAAUGAAAUGCAAACUGCCUCCACCGCUGCCCCCUCGACCUCGACCGCCAUCACCGCCACCACCACCCCACCUGGACCCAAGGAGCCCUGGGAGCGCUACAGACUACCGGACUCUCUGGUCCCCAUCUCCUACAAUGUGACGCUGUGGCCUCGGCUACAGCCCAACAAAGAGGGCCUGUACAUCUUCACUGGACACUCAGCGGUGGUCUUUACCUGUGUGAAGGAUACCGACCUCAUCCUCAUCCAUGCCAACAAGCUGAACUUCACCAUGUACCAGGACCGCCAUGCCGUGCUGUCGGGCCUGAACGGAGCCACGGCACCCGCCCUGACCAGAACAUGGCUGGAGGGUCCCACCCAGUACCUGGUGGUCCAGCUCGGUGGGAAGCUGCAGGCCGGGAAGUCCUACGAACUCUUCACAAAGUUCACCGGCGAGCUGGCCGAUGACCUGGGGGGUUUCUACAGGAGCGAAUACAUGGAAGACGGCGUGAAAAAGGUCGUAGCCACGACUCAGAUGCAGCCCACCGACGCCAGGAAAGCCUUCCCGUGCUUUGACGAACCAGCCAUGAAAGCCGUUUUCCACAUGACUCUCAUCCAUCCCACUGAAACUGUGGCUCUGGCCAACGGCAUGAACUACGAGCCUGUUCAUGUCAGCAUGGAGGGAGAAAAUGUAAUCCAGACCAGCUUUGAGCCCACGGAGAUCAUGUCCACCUACCUGCUGGCAUUUGUCGUCUGUAACUUCUCGUACAUCCAAACACCACCAGGCGCUGCCAUUUUGAUCAGAGUCUGGGCUCGCAGGAAGGCCAUAGAGGAGGGCCAAGGAAAUUACGCUCUGGAGAAGACGGGCCCAAUACUUGCCUUCUUUGAGAAAUACUACAACUCUACUUACCCACUGAAAAAGUCAGACCAGAUAGCUCUUCCUGACUUCAGUGCUGGAGCCAUGGAGAACUGGGGCCUGAUAACAUACAGAGAGACGGCCCUGCUGUAUAAUCCUGCCAUGUCCUCAAACGGAGACAAGGAGUGGGUUGCAACUGUUAUCUCACAUGAGCUGGCGCACAUGUGGUUUGGGAACCUGGUGACCAUGAGGUGGUGGAACGACUUGUGGCUGAACGAGGGCUUUGCCACCUACGUCUCUUAUCUCGGAGCAAACUCUGCUGAGCCGACCUGGAAUAUAAAAGACUUGAUAGUCCUGAAUGAGGUCCACGGUGUGAUGGGUGUGGAUGCCUUGGCCUCCUCUCAUCCACUCUCAAGUAAAGAGGAGGCAAUACUUCGGCCAGAGGACAUUGGCGCACUCUUUGAUUCAAUCACUUACAGUAAGGGAGCUGCUGUGCUCAGGAUGCUCUCAGAGUUCAUCACCGAGGCCGUCUUUUCCAAGGGACUCAGUACCUACUUAAAUCAGUUCAAAUACAACAACACCGUCUACACAGACCUUUGGAACCACUUGCAAAUGGCGGUGGACAGUGCCACACCCAGCCUCGAGCUGCCUGACUUGAUAGAGGUCAUAAUGAAUCGCUGGAUCCUCCAGAUGGGGUUCCCCGUGGUCAACAUCGACACCCGCACAGGAGCGAUCACCCAGAAACACUUCCUCCUCGACCCAGACUCUAUCGUAGAUAGACCUUCUCAGUUCAAUUAUGAAUGGUUUAUUCCUAUAACGUGGAUUAAGACUGGUGCGGUCCAGAAACAGUACUGGCUCCUCAAGAAAGAAGAUACCAAUGCCAACAUGACCAUCAGUGGUGACAGGGACUGGCUUCUGGCUAACAUAAAUAUGACUGGCUACUACAGAGUCAACUAUGACUCUGACAACUGGGAGCGUCUCCUUGCAAAGCUGGACACCGCCCACAAGGAAAUUCCAGAAAUCAACAGAGCACGCAUCAUCGAUGAUGCCUUUAACCUUGCGAGGGCUAAAGCUGUAAACACAACGCUGGCCCUGAGGACCACCAAGUUCCUGCACAAAGAGACAGAGUACAUGCCCUGGCAGACAGCCAACUGGAACCUGGACUACUUUUUCCUCAUGUUUGAUCGCAGUGAAGUGUAUGGACCCAUGCAGGCUUACCUGAAGAAACAGGUCACUCCUCUCUUUAACCACUUCAGAGACUUGACUCACAACUGGACCAAGAUCCCAGAUGGCCACACUGACCAGUUCAACCAGGUGACUGCCAUUUCCGUGGCCUGCGGGUCUGGGCUAGAGGCCUGUGAGCAGCUGACUGGGGGCUGGUUCAAAGACUGGAUGAAAAACCCCGAGAACAACACCAUUCAUCCCAACCUGAGAUCCACGGUGUACUGCAGUGCCAUCGCAGCUGGAGGAAAGGCGGAAUGGGACUUUGGUUGGUCCAUGUAUAAGAACGCAACCAUAGCGUCGGAGGCUGAAAAACUGAUGUACGCUCUGUCCUGCACCAAACAUCCCUGGCUGUUGAACAGAUAUCUGGGGUAUUGUCUGGAUCCAGAGAAAAUCCGUAAGCAGGAUGCCACCUUCACCAUCACUUAUAUUGCUGGCAACACCAUUGGCCAGCCCCUGGCUUGGGACUUUAUCCGAGCCAACUGGGAUCACAUUAACGACUAUGGUGGUGGAGCCUUUUCCUUUAGUAGAAUAAUUGAUGGAGUGACCAGACGUUUCUCAACUGAAUAUGAGUACAAUCAGUUGCAACAGUUCAAAGAGGAUCAUGAAGCUGUUGGGUUUGGCUCGGGUAUGGCAGCGUUGGAGCAGGCUCUGGAGAGAACCAAGGCUAACAUUAACUGGGUCGCCAUGAACAAGGCACAGGUCCUCGAAUGGUUCAGUGAAGAAGCUGCUUCUACCGCGUAUUAACCCAAACACACUUCCCCGAUGAAGCCACUAUUUAAAGAGCAACUCAUUGCUAUUGCACGUUGAGUGAGUUUGCUGCCAUCUAAAGGUGCAAAACCAUCUGGUUGGAUCUUGGGAUGAAGUGACAUAAGCAUAGUAGGAUAAACAUAGCUGCAGCUAAUAAAAUUACUGAUGGAUCCAUUUGAUUUAGGUGUAGUGGUGUAACAAUAAGCAAAACAGUGAGAACAUUUACAUGCAAAUAUCAGUUUAUGCCAAUAUUUCGAUUAUUCCGUACACAUGGAUAUUGGUAAUGCGAAUACUCCAAUAGCUGGUUCCACAUGAUUCUUUGCAUAAUCACUGUAUGCGCCACAGAAAUAACAUAUUCACUGGUUCUCACAAUCUCUCCUAACUUUUAAAUGUUGUCUAAUUACCACCCCUGAGGAACCCAUCAUGAGCUAUAGUAGCUGCAACUGUGGUUAUCUUGCUACGCUUACAUCACCCUGUCCCAAGAUCCGCCCAGCACUUAUAGAUGGUUUUUCACCUUUAGAUGGUAGCAUACUCACAAAAGAGGUUCAGGGUUUAGUUGUUUUUGAAAAAGUUUUGCAAUGUAUAUUUCUAUGAUGCAAAUGUUUUGCAUGAGCACCAUAUUUUAAAUCUGCAUUUGAAAUAAAUUGUUUAUAACUAUAGGGUUAGGGUUAUUAGAAAUAUUAGAAAUUGGAUGUUUAUAAAGAGAUGUUUUUUAUGUUAAGUAUCUAUAAAGUCUUUUCUGUUAAAGUUUAUUUGUUGUCAAUGUCGCAGU